AUGGCGGCGGACGCCGAUACCCUUCGGUUCGAGCCGUGGCAGAGCGCGGUCGAUCCGGGUUUCUGGGCGGAGCUCGCGCGGCGCAAGCUGGACAACGCGGGGCUCAGCGAGGAUCCGUGGCUGAUCACCGCGCUCUACACCCCCGCGCAGAACGCGGUGGUGUCGUCGCCGUGCCAGCUGGACGCCCGCGCGUUCGGCGCCGGCGACGAGUCCGAGCUCGCGGCUCGCGCGCGGGACGUCGCCGCGUCCGGCAGGCUCGAGAUGCCCGGGACCUUGGUCAACGUCAACACCCUCGAGCGGUUCCGCGCGUUCGACCGCGGGACGCUCAUGUCAAACGCCGCGAAGAAGCUCGUUGAGGAUAUUCGAUCGGGACGAGCCGACGACGACGCGGCGUUACUGACGCCCUUCAUCGCCCUGACAUACGCGGACCUGAAGAAGUGGAGCUUCUACUACUGGUUCGCGUUCCCGGCGCUCAAGCUCGACGUUCCCGCCAAGGUCAUCUCGUGCGGCCCGCUCGCGGAACACGUCGAGCUCGGCGCCGUCGCCGACGAGAUUUCGCGCGGAUGCGAGGCGACGCUUCGGCGCGACGCGAACGACCCGGCGCGCACGUGGUGGAUCGUCGAUAACGUCUCCGGCGAAUGCGAACCGCCGUCGUCGAUCGCCACGGUGCGAACCCGCGAUUUCUCGACGUGGACGCUGGCGUUCGUCGAUCCGUGCGCGUCGGAGGCGCACCCCGGGUGGGCGCUGCGAAACCUCCUCUCGUGGCUCGCCGUCCGAACGAGGGAGACCGAAACGGCCGGCGAAGCGGCCGGCGAAACGGCCGGCGCGGCAGGCGCGGACGCCCCGCGCCGCGUUCGGGUGCUCGCCGUGCGUAAAUCCGCCGGGCGCGUGUGCCCCCGCGCGUCCCGCGUGUUCGAGUGCGUCCUUCCCGUCACGACGGAUGGAAAUCUCGAAAAUCCUACGGGCGUCGGCUGGGAAGUCAACGCGAGCGGCCGCCCGGGUCCUCGGCUGGCGAACCUCGGGUCGUCGAUGGACCCAACGAGGCUCGCGUCCCAGGCGGUCGACCUGAACCUCAAGCUCAUGCGAUGGAGGCUGCUGCCGCAGUUGCGGGUCGCGCAGGUGGCGUCGACUCGGUGUUUGUUGCUCGGCGCCGGUACCCUCGGGUGCGCGGUGGCCAGGUGUCUGCUCGGGUGGGGGGUGAGGAAAAUUACGUUUGUGGACGGCGGCGACGUGUCCUUCUCCAACCCGGUUCGCCAGUCGCUGUUCGAGUUUGGGGACUGCCUCGGCGGCGGGAAACCGAAGGCGGAGGCGGCCGCUGAAGCGCUGCGGAGGAUCUUCCCCGGGGUGGACGCGCAGGGCGUUCGGAUGAUGAUUCCGAUGCCGGGACAUCCCGUGCCCGACGCCGAGUUGCCGCGAGUCCUCGACGACACGCGACGGCUGGAAGACCUCAUCGACGCGCACGACUGCGUGUACCUGCUCACGGACACGCGGGAGAGCAGGUGGCUACCCACGCUCACGUGCGCCGCCAAGGGGAAACUCCUCAUCAACGCGGCGCUCGGGUUUGACUCGUACCUGGUCAUGCGACACGGCGGCGGUUUGUUGCGAGCGGAUGAACGUAGUGGGACGGAUGGGACGACGACGGAUGAGCGCGGCGGCGCGUUCGCCGGACGCCUCGGGUGCUACUUCUGCAACGACGUCGUCGCGCCCGGGGACUCCACGACCGACCGAACCCUGGACCAGCAGUGCACGGUGACGCGACCGGGCUUGGCGCCCAUCGCGGGCGCUCUCGCCGUCGAGAUGAUGGUCUCGACGGCGCACGGCUGCGUCGAAGGCGACGAUCCCACUCGGAUGCCCGCGCACACGCACGAGUCGUUCGCGUCGUCGCGCUCAGGCUCGGGCUCGGGCUCGGGCUCGGGAUCCACCGGUGACCGCGACGAUGGGACCACGGCGCUCGGGAUCGUCCCGCAUCAGAUCCGCGGCGGCGUGUUCGACCUGUCGCAGAGGCUCUUCGCGGCGCCCGCGUUUGAUCGGUGCGUGGCGUGUUCGGAAAAAGUGGUUGCGGCGUUUUUAAAGCCGGACGGACGGGACGAGUUUUUAAGGCGCGCGUUCGACGAUCCGGCGUACCUGGAGAACGCCACGGGGUUAGCGGCGAUGAAGGAGGAGGUGGACGACGCGGCGUGGCUCGGGGAGGACUCCGACGGCGACGACUUCUGA